UUCCUCGGGCGGCUUCUACACGCUGAAGGAGCACCCGCACCAGCAUCAGCAUCAACACUACCGCCAUGGCCACGGACUGGGCACCGUCUCCACAUCGCAGCGUCUGUUCGCCAGCUCCGCGCCCAGUGGCACCGUUAUGAUGUAUCCAAAUGCACAGCGUGCGCCGGUGCUGGGCAAUGCCGCAGCAGUUGGCGGUGCAGCGGCAGCAGCAGGAGCAGGAGCGGGAGCAGGAGCUGGCGCAGGAGCUGGAGCACAAGCAGCUGCUGCUGCAACGCCGCCGGACAUCUCGCUGAGGCAGCGGGCGGUCGCUAAGCUGCGCAUGUUCAACUUUCACCUUAACUGGGAUCUGCACAUGACGCACUGCAAGCCCUGCGGGCCUCGCUUGAGUGGAAGUGGAAAUAUAAUAACACGACGGCUGUGCCGCAAUCGUCGACGUGAGGACAAUGAGCUCUAUCGCUCGAACAGCUUCAAGUUUGAGCGGUUCGAGCGCAAGGAGUGCCUCGAGGAGCUCUCCAACACAUUGCAGAAGCAG